AUGGUGAAGACCUCGUGGGGCAUGCUCGCGAAAGCGGGCUCCCUGGCAGCGCUACUCGUCAGCACCUUUUCCUCGCAGGCACACGCACUUGGCUUUUCCGUCGACGCUCUCAACUGCACCGAGCUCGAAUGGUCCGCCUCGCUCACCCAGACAGAAUGGAGCGUAGCAUCGUUCGUCAACCUCUUCUUUGUGUCCACCGAGGGCGCGCGUAACUACUCGCUUCUCUACUCGGCGCUCAAUGGCGGCGACUUCUCCACGCCAGGCAACUACCGCAAAGUCACUUCUUUCGGCGACACGGCGCUCAGCGGCACAUACCGCAUCGGCAUCGGUCUCGCCGACAUCAACGGCAACAUCCUCACCACCCUCAGCACCAGCAGUGGCAUUGUACAGGUCACAGCCAUCGACUCGAGGACAUUUACAUUCACAGACUGCGGCAGGAACGGCACUGCGCCAGCCUCUGCAUCGACCACUUCGGCUUCCACCAGCCCGACAGCCGCCUCAACUUCGGCUUCUUUCGCAACCACAGCCGCCUCGGCCACUUCUCAAUCUACCCAGGCUGUCGCUUCAUCGACAUCGGUCGCAGCAGCACCAGUGAGCUCUCUGGCACCCGCUACGACGACCGCCACGACUCCGGUGCACCACGUCAACAAGGGCGCGAUCGCAGGCGCUGUGAUCGGCGGAGUGGUGCUGCUGCUCAUCGGAGUGGCGCUCAUGAGGUGGUGCGCGUCGCGGCGGCGUACGCGGAGGCUGAGCAUGGCGGCACACCGCAUGUCGGCACUGCGCUCACCGUCGCUCUCCGAAAAGGCUGCCGGCUCGCCCAAGGACGACGGCUCCGUCUCGCCGCACAGCCAACGUCGCAUGACCGCCAGGGUGUAUCCGUCCGGCGACACGCUCGACGUGGCGGCUCUGGGCCGGCUCAGCUCGAGUUCGCGCCGUCGAUCGGCUUCGAAUGGCGACGAUCUGUCGCUCUCCAACAUUCUCGCGCAGGGACCGUCGAAUGUUCCGGAGGCCGAGGCCGAGCCCGAGAUCCGCGUGGUCAAGGUGCCCUUCAACCUCACGUCGGGCCAGCAGAUGGCACCCGCGCACGAGUCGAUCGGGCUCGACGCAUCUCCGUUUGCAGACUCGGAUACGCCGUACCUGCCGCUGAGCAGGACGAAGAGCGUCCCUGUGCAUCCGCAUGCACUGAACCCCUUCUAUUCAGCGGAUCCUGCCAAAGCGAGUGUCGAGGCAGCGGCGGGAGAGUCGCUGCACGCGCGCUCCAAGUCAACGCCGGUAGUCGAUCCACUAGCCAACAGCACGACCCCUACCACCUCGCCCACUGCAUCCUCGUUCCCUAACCGCACGCUGCGCGGUGCGCACUCGCAGAACUUCAAGAUCCCGCGCGUCAGCGUCCCCGCCUACCUCGCCGGCAUCGAUUCGGGGCAUGACGAUCUGGGCGCAGAGUCGAUGUCGAGACAGAUCUCGUGCGACUCGGGCAUGCGCCGCUUCUCUACGGGCGCCGCCACGUUUGUCUCGGUCGAUGAAGACCCCUUUGUCGACGCGGCACAGGAGCCCGCGCCGUCUACGUCGCAUGCGGUCUGA